AUGAACUAUGAAUGGUUUUAGGAUGAUAAUCAAAUAAAAUUACGCUUUGAAAUCAAAAAUACUAGAAGCGAUAAUCUUGACAUCUAAGUAGCUGAUGUAGUUGUGAAAGUAAAUGUGCUGGACAAGAAAUUUGCUAAAACAAUUGACUUGUUGGCUCCUGUUCUUGAAGGCAAUAUUAAAUAUGGAGCAGAUGUACUCGAGGUCACAUUAAUCAAAGUGCAACCUGGCAAAUGGCCACAAUUGAGUCCAUCACUUAGUAAAGAGGAAUUGAUUCAAAGAAGAAAGGAUGCAUUUUUGAGAAAAGAUUAAGAAAUCCAAGCUUAAAAGAAAUUAAAAGAAGACCUUAAAUAACAAUUUGACUAACAUGCCACUAAGGAAUAGAUCAAGGUAGAUGAUCGUGAAAGAAACUUAAUUAAAUAAAAGCAAGAACAAUAAAAAAGUGAUGCAGUCUCUGAUCUGUAUGAUUAAAUUGGCUAAGAUUCAAAAUUUAAGUAGAAUUAAGUAGUCUAAUAAGAAGCAAAUGAAGACUAAAUAGAGGAAAAAUUAAAAAAAUAUGAAGAAUUUGAAAAAUAAUAGGAUCAGAAUUAAAAGUAAAAACCAAAACAAUCACAACCUAUAUCUGAAAACAAUGACAUCUUCACUAAUGAAGAUGUAAAAAAAUAAGAAAAACAAGCUAAAGGUCCAAUUCCAGAACCUAGAAAAGCAGCAGCAGUUUAAAUGACCUUUACAGAAAAAAUAUACCCUCAUUUGGCAGCACGUGAACAACAUUUCAAAGAUGCCCCUGUUCCUAGAUAAAAGAAUCUUCCAAUUACUGAACAAAGAGAAAAUCCUCUCUUCCUAAAAGAUAAAGCAGAUGAAUUUUUCAGAAAUAAAGAUUACUAUUCUGCCAUCAAUGCCUAUUCAGCUGCAUUCAAGUAUGAUAAUUAAAUGUUUGCUUGUAUUGCUAAUAGAGCUGCUUGUUAUUUAGCUUUGUUUAAUUUUUAAGAAUGCAUUGAUGAUUGUUAAAUCAUAAUUAAACUGGAGAAAAAAGAUUCCUUAUAUGAUAAAUGUUUAAAAAGGCUGAAAGUAUGUCAAGCAUGGAAAGGAGAUUUGGAUGAUGCUUUGAGUGGAGAUCUUCCAGAAGAAGCCAAAUAAAUUAUUUAAAACAGAAUUGAAUCAAAUAAAUAUAAAAAUCAAGGUGAUGCAUACAUGACAACAUCUCAAUAUUAAAAGGCUAUUGAAAUGUAUCUAAGAUCUUUGUAGAAUGAUGCAGACAAUGAAUUAAGUCUUAGUAAUAUAGGAUUGGCAUAUAUGAAAGUAAAUUAGAUUGAUAAAGCUCUGGAAAAUAUUGAGAAGGCUAUUUAAAAAGUUAAACCAUUUUUAUAGUAUGUCAAUUUGAAUCCCAAUAUUGGAAGGUAGAGUUCAUUUGCUGGCAAUGAGUUCCUAUUAAAAAAUCUAAUGAAGAAAUCUAAUUGCUUAUUCGAGUUAAACUAAGAGUAGGAUGCUUUAAAUACUGUUAAAUAAGCAUUGAUUAUAGAUGAGACCAAUGCUGAAGCCAGAAGUAUCAUGAAUAAGAUCUAGGACAAAUUAGUUAAAUAAGAGGUACUUAAAUUAAAAGAGACUGCAACUGAGAGAUUAAAAUAACAGAAGUAUGCUGAUUCAUUGGAAUUAUAUAAUUAAUGUCUAAAGAAAUUAAGUCCUUAAGAGGAUUUGAUGGAUUUCUUAGCAGUGCUAUUGAAUAGAUGCAUUUGUUGUUUCUUUUUAAAUUAAUUUGAUGAGAUUGUAGGUUCUUGCACCAGAGGAAUUAAAAUAAUAUAGAUUCAACAAAAUAAAAUUCUAUCGUUUGAGAAGAUUACAAAGGAACAGAAGGACAAGUUGCAGGACUUUUUAGUGAGGUUUUAUGUUCGUAGAUCGAAUGCUUAUGUAAAAUAAAACCAAAUCUAUCAUGCCAAAUGUGAUCUGCAAGAGGCUUUGAAAUUAGAUCCUCAGAAUGAAUAAAUAAAAAAGGAUUUAGAAAAAUUGAAGUGA